AUGAAUGUGUCAAUGAAUCACCAAGCCGCCCCCUUUCGCCACGUUGCUCCUGGGAAUCAUGCCACCCUCCCUCCGUGA